GGCCUAAUUGAGAAUCCCGCGGGAGGUGAAGAGGUGUCGUCUCCAGGCAUCCACGAUUCCCAUUGUUCUCCCUUUCGGUCCUUCUUGCGAAGCUGCGUGACGACUUCCUCCUCUUUCCUCUCUUCCUUCCUCCUAUCCAUCUAGUCUGUUCUUCGUAGAUCUCAAUUUCUAUCAAGCAUUCUUCUCAUCUCUCUCUCUUCCGUCUUUUCUUCUGACCAUUCCUUUCAAGGAGGAGAAGAAGGAAGAAGACAAAUUACUUCGAAUUUGAUCCUCUCCUCGAGGGAACGCGGAAGAGAGUCGUCGUCGCGUUGGGCCAUAAGUAAAAAAGAACAAAAAGACUCGAAACUUUGCCUGAGUCCUCGUUACUUGCAGAGAAUCUUGGGAAAUCCGACGCCCUGGCUUUUUGAGAUUUUCUAUUCCCAUCUGUAACUCUUUCGUGGGAAAACUGACGCCUCAGACCGUCUAUUUGUCGAGCAAAUCGGACCUUCUUCCCGGGAGGAAUUGAGGAUCCUAAUUCCUGAGCCUCUACAAUUUUUAUCAUCUUCCCGGUUCGCUUCCGUUCAGUUUGUCUAUUUUCUUUCCUUUGCAAUCCUUCUUGAUUCCAGAAAACAAGAAUCUGCCCCUAUUUCAAGAAGCAGCAUCCGGAAUUCCUCUUUCCGCUCACGGAGUCGAGAAAGAAAAACUCUUCGUUCCAUUAAUGGAGGGCUGCGACUCGAAGAAUGGCUCCGAUUCUUUCCUCGAUUGCCUCCUUUUCGAUUUGGAUGAUACUUUGUACUCCCGUAGCACGGGCAUGGCAGAGUUUUGCAGGACGAACAUUAAUGAGUUUCUCAUGCAGAGAUUUGGAUUAACCGUCGAGGACGCGUCCAAACUCCGCGUGGAUCUGUUUAGGACGUAUGGCAGCUCUCUUGCAGGCCUCAGAGCGCUAGGCUAUGAUAUUGACGCCGACGAGUAUCACAGUUUCGUGCACGGAAGGCUUCCGUAUGAUCUCAUCAAACCGGAUGCUGAAUUGAGAGACGUUUUGAAGAGAAUUAAAAAGAGGAAGCUGGUUUUCACCAAUUCGGACAGAGUCCAUGCUCAUAAGGUUCUCCACAGGCUCAAUAUAGGGGAUUGCUUUGAAGGUAUCAUCUGUUUUGAGACGCUUAAUCCCAACAUCUCCAAGAGCAAGCGUCCGGACGAGUACCCUGUCAUUCUCAAACCUUCAAAGGAAGCUAUGGAGAUUGCCAUUGCUGUAGCUAAAGCAGACCCGCUAAGAACACUUUUUUUCGAUGACAACGUUCGGAACGUUGCCGCAGGAAAGUCUAUAGGUCUUCAAACUGUACUGGUCGGCAAGUCUACAAAGAGCAAGGAAGCAGAUUAUGCUAUCGAUAGCAUCCAUGACCUCCAUGCUGUGAUUCCCCAGAGGUGGUUGGCCGAUACAGAAGUCAACGACAAUACUGAAGCUGUUGUUGCAUCUGACUAUCAAAGCAUCAGCUGCAAACCAAGUGAGAGCUCCGUUUCCACGACCACCCUGGUUCGUGCGUAACUGUUUCAAAGGGGAUGACCGCCACAAGGACUGGACCGAUCAAACUAGCUAGACAUCCUAAUUAGGCUGCGAUCUUACCUUGUGUACAGAAAACGUAUAUAAAUAAAGAGGGUUCGGCAUACGGCCGAUCUGUAGCAGGUGGAAUAAUGUCUUUGCUGUAAAUGCUUAAUGAUGAAUAUGGAAUGUAUGUCUGUAUAAAAUUAUGUUAUUUGGCAUAAUAGACGCUGCAGGUUUCUGUUUGUACACAAUCCGCAUUAAACUCAGUCCUCAUGCUUGUUUUGAAGCCGUAUAAU